GGCUGCCACUGGCCCCGCAGGGUGGAGCUUGGGGUCCGAACAGCUGGCUGCUGCCUGGUCCCCCACACAGCAUAUGUGGCCCAUAAUGAUAAAUAGGUUGAGAACCACUGGUCUAGAUACUCACAUCCAAGCUGUAUCUAUUGCUUGCUGGUUCUUCCUGAAUAAUGUCUUUAAGAUCCACUGUAUAGAUAAACUUCACCUUAUCUCAUGUCUCAACUACAAGUUCCUCCUCUCUGGUCUUGAGAAACCACUUUUUGUUCCACUUACCUUCAUUCAAAGCAUUGCUGUAAAAAUCAUUUACUUGUUUUAUCACUUUGACCAUUUCCUCCUUCUCUGCAUCCCUCCACUCUCUUCCCCGUCUCUACCGCAUCAAACACUAUUUGUCUUCCCUUUAAAAGGCCUUCAUGGAUGAGCUUCACUUUUAUCUGUCAUCUCAUAUACACUUUUGAGAUGUGACUGUUGCCUCUGUUCUGCCACUGGUUCCAGCUUUCAUUGCCCAUUUGCUGAAAUUGUCGAUUUUCCAAGAACAACUUUGCACUUUCUACCAUGCUGCCCCUUAUGCCUGGAAAGAGCUCUCUGUAAAAGUCUGCAAAGCCGCCACCUUGUCCUCCUCAAAUCUCCUCUUAAAACUCAUCUUGGCUGUGUUGCCUCCAAAGUGCUUGGCAAUGAUUAGGCAGUUGGUGUACUGGUGACUGCUGCUUAUUACACCGAUCAUAAUAAUCUGUUUCCUGGUACUCCCUCUGUUUUGUAUCAGUGUAUUUGCUCUUGCCUCCAUUUAAGCUACCCCUUCCUUAAAUUCAUUUAUUUCACACAGCUAGAGGUGGAGGCUGCCAGAUUGCAUGUUUUUUUUAUUUAAAUGCAGCCUCAGGUUUCCUGUUUUGCCUUAUUCUGAGCUCUUUCGCGCAACAGCCUGAUUCAAACUGCUUGCCAUACACACCUCAUCUUGGCAUGGAGGUAAGCAGGGCAGAAACCUCUGUGGCUGAAAUGAGUGAAGAAAUAAUCUAUACUUCUGUACAGUUUUCACGGACACCGCCAGUCUGUGCCAACGACGACGUGACAAAGAGAGCUCCCCAGCGCUGGUCAUCUGGCCUGUGCAGUUUGGCUGUAGGUGUUGGGAUGCUGAACACCCUCCUGGUGAUUACAGUGGUAGCGUGGGCGGUUUGGAGGAUUGAUAGCUCCUAUCCUGGAUGCCCUGACCAGUGGUUGGGUUACAGGAGCAGCUGUUACUACUUCUCCAAGAUAAAAAAGGAUUGGAAUUCCAGCCAGGCAUCCUGUUCUGCAGAAGGAUCACAUCUCCUGAUGAUCAGUGAUGCCAAGAAAAUGGACCUGUUCUUGGGAAUGCACCUAGAUUCCCACUGGAUUGGUCUGAGGAAGAGCAAAGGCACUGGCUGGACCUGGGAAGAUGGCUCAAAACUCAACAAUACAAAGGUCCUCUCUAACAGCCCCGUGCAGCACUGUGGCGUCCUGUUGCAGGGUACCCUCCAGGCCUCCAGUUGUGAAGUUCAUUGCCCGUGGAUCUGUGAGAAAUCCCCCAAGUAACCACCUCCUGCACUUUCCCACAGAAUAGUCUUCACUCACACCCAGCCAAUGGAUCCGGACCGCAGCAGCGCAUCCAGACAUGCCUAAUCCUUGUUCCCAGUGGGGCCAGGCUGGUGACGCUCCUAGGAGUUUUGUGUCACCAUUGCCCUCUGUUGAAAUGAGUCAGAAUUGCACAGCCAUGUAGGAGACUGAAAUCUGAUUCAUGGACUCUCAGUUCCCUGAGGCUGGAGCUCUGAGGAUGAGUUCUGUGCAGAAAACCUAGAUCCAUUUUCAGUCCUCAUCUUUCAGGGCUGGGAGCAUUGCAGAGACCUGCUGACAUUAUCUUUGUUGCCAUGGAAAGUUUUGAGUGUGAUUCCGAGUCUUAGUUUUUCUCACUCUGCCCCAGUGCGUAGGUCAUUAGUGUGACAGAGGCUGGGCCCAGUGACCCCUUAGGGUUACACUUCUGUGUUGCUGAUCAGAUGACAGACUUUAUUUUCAGUCCACGUUUCUCAUUUCUUUGGCACCAGGAAUGCUGUAGAAACUGGGACUUCUGCCCCUACUGAAUUGUUCUCUACUUGCUGUACAGUAAACUAGCUUCCAUUGCACUCCCAAAAUCUGUCUCUCAUUUGUGCCCAAGACUAGGAGUGCUAUGAAAGGAACAGAGGAAGGUGAAAUGAGAAUGUGUCAACCCAGAAAUAAAAGUAAACUUCUAACUCCAAUAUUUGAGGUGAUGCGUCGGGGGGUGGGGGGGCAUGCAGGAUCAAAUGCCCCUGCAGUAGCUGCCCGGGAGGGGAGCGGGGCAGGGCCAGAGCUGUAGCAGAAGGGGCUGGACUAGAGCCUCUUCCGGUCACACUGGAAUGCUGCCCGGUGCAGCACAGCAGCUCCUGGAAGAGUGCCUAGCUGCAGCGGUGUUGGGCUGCUCCCCACCCAGGCUUGGCUUCCGGGGACAGCGGCUGAGUGAGCUGGAGUCCCCUAGCCAUCAGCAUAUUCGACCACUGUCCCCGGAAGCCAAGCCCAGAGAAGGAAGCAGGCAGGGAGCACAGGGGCCCCGGGCUGGGGGAGGGGAGGAAAAACUUGGGGUGGUCACAUAUCCUCGCCUUUAGCUUGUGCCCCCUAGUGUGGGGAGGCACCAAUCUAUGUCCAGUAGUGUAAUGAACCAGCUAGUCUGUGUCUGUAUCACCACUCUCCUCUUUUGGAGCAAAUCAGAACUGUUCAGCAAUAUAUGAGAUUUGGAAGGAUUUGACUUUUAUUGGUAAAUGUUGGUAAACGUUGAUUUCACUGUACACACAAACUGAUGAAAAAAUAUUUCCAUUGAUAAUCAAAAUUUACAGAGGCAAAGUAAGAUAAAUGCUACUUGAGAACUUAUUAGAGUUUGAUUUAUGGUUAUUUACCUUGUGUAUUUUGACUUGUGAUGUUGGCAAUUUGUGUUUUAAUGGUUAUACAGCUUUAACUUUUUGAAUUUCAACAUCUACUGUCAUUAAAUAUUGCCUGACUCCUCCAUAAUUUGCCACAACUAUAACAUUUAAAUAGUUAAAAGUCUAAAAUAAUAUUUAACAUCAAUAUUAGCCAUUGAAAUUGUAAAAGAAUAAAAAUCAAAUUCUGCCAGGCCUAAUUACAGGCCUCCUUUA